ACACUUGUGAUAGUUUUAACCAGAUUUCGUGUAGGUGUUGUAUGCUGUUAUCAGUGCUCCAGUGCCGUACACAUAUAAAUGGUUGUAGAGGUGUUCUGUGAUAUAUUAGUUCGCGACGCCAGAGAGUGAGCGUUAUUUCCCGUCCGUGGGUGUGUUCGAUUCGCGUUGGUUGAAACAAGUACCAUGCAUUCGCGAAGUUUGUAAGCGUUCUUCGGCCGGUGCUGCUGCAUGACUGUUGUUGAGGUGUUGACAUGGGUCCGAGUACUGCGUUCAGAAACUCCUCGCAAUAAGAUGGGUAUCCUGUUCGCGAAGCACAAGAAAGUGAGCCGCGUGACGGAGCAAGACAAGGCCAUCCUGCAACUGAAGCAGCAGAGGGAUAAGAUCAAGCAGUACCAGAAGAAAAUCCUCUUCAACUUGGAGAACGAGCGUCAGCUCGCUCGGAAGCUGCUCAACGAUGGGCGCAAAGAAAAAGCGAAGCUGCUCCUCAGGAAGAAGCGCUUCAUGGAACAGAUGCUGGAAAAGACUGACGGGCAGCUAACCAACCUGGAGAGAAUGGUCCAUGACAUCGAGUUCGCCCAAAUUGAAAUCCAAGUUGUAGAGGGCCUCAAGGUCGGCAACGAGUCGUUGAAGAAGCUCCACGAGGUGCUGUCGGUGGAGGCAAUAGAAAAAAUAAUGGACGAAACACAAGAGGGCAUUGAAAAGCAAAAGGAAAUCGACGACCUCCUGAGUGGCCAACUGACUGCCGAAGAUGACGAGGCAGUGCUGGCGGAGUUGGAGGCUCUGGUGUCGGAAGACGAGGCCAGAGCUGUUCUCGACCUGCCCACUGUGCCCUUGGCCGAUGUUCCCAGUGCAGAAGGUCCACCGACAAAGGUGCGGAAAGAACAGAAGACAGAAACACUAGUUGAAGCCUAACCUGUGCUUCUGCUGUGACAGCACCUUUUAUUUCUUCAAAACAAUACUGUACUAUAAGAGUGUCUGAUGUUUACAGCAAGAGG